AUGCUAUCCAUUCCUCAAGGCGAUCGUGCUCAAGACCAUGAUGGUGCACCUUACGUAGAGUUUCCGGAUAGCCCUGAAGACGUGGCGACCUUCUUAUCUUUCAUGUAUCAGCCAUUCACAAACCCUCUAAAGGACACUGAUCCUGAUCUCGCAUUCAAGAUGUUCGGCGUAAUGAAGCUAGCCGACAAAUUCAUGGUGGAUGCUUUGAAGCAGAUGAUAGUGGAUCGCCUCAGGCGGGACUGGCCAAGGUCCUUGAAGGAAUGGGAUGAGAAGCAGGACGUUUGGGAACAGAACAAAUCGUCUGUUGGCGCUUUCGCAUACCCUGAACCUGCAUCGGCUAUCCGGCUUGCCCGGGCUUUCGACUCAGACCCGCCACUGCUCAAUCCAGUCAUGUUCUAUGCGCUGUCGUGUCGAGACCCCAUUGUCGAUUACGGCGAACCCCAGGCUCAAGGAAACGUGGAAAUGGGCGCACGAUGGGUCCUGGUAUCCCAUCAAGAUAGAAACAAGAUAGAAAGAGGUCGUCGCGCCAUUCUGAGGUUCAUAUUCGUCGGCUUGUCUCAAUACAAAUUGCAGUGUGGGCAGAAGGAUCAAAGUGCGGAAUGUAGCGAAUUCUUUGCAGAGAGUAUGGACGACAUUCAUCAAGAAUUUGCAUUGAAAUUUGACCCACUAAUGCUCCUUCGAAAUUACAUUGGACGUACCGAGGUCCUCAAUAUCGAGGGGGGUCCUGUGCGAGCCUGUGGCCGUGAAUGCAUUAAAGGAAGGGAUUAUGUUUUCCGCGAGCUCCGAACGGCCAUCUUCUCUAGGUUGUCCCAAUUCUUUGCAGACAUGCAGUAA